AUGAAAAAAAGCCUCUCCUCAGUUUUAGUGUAUUUCUAUCCUCUGGCUGGUCGGUUGAAGAAAGGAGAUUCUGGCAGAACGGAGGUUGAUUGCAACGAUGAAGGCGUGGAAUUUAGGGAGGCAUCAAUUAACAUACCCUUCAAAGAUUUGGAGAAAGACGGGUUUCACCGUAAAUCCUUCUUCCCAAAGCUUGUCCACGAAAUCCAUCUUUCUGUUGAUGAAAACUACAGUAGACCGCUUCUGUUAAUACAGGCUACAACUUUUGAGGGAGGCGGGAUAUGCAUAGGAACCAUCUUUCAUCACGUUAUAAAUGAUGGAAAUUCAUAUUGGCAUUUCAUGACAUCAUGGGCAGAGUGUAGCAGAGGUGUCCCCCUUGCCAAACCUCCUCAGCACGCCAGAACAGUUUUCAAACGAGAUAAGAAGAGUCCCCUGUCGAUUUCUUACAAAGCCCAUGAGAUAAUAAGCCAGGGAAUUACAGGGGGCAAGAUUUUCAAGUUUGUACCUGAUAAUUCACCGUCAGACCACAUAAAAACAUGUAGUAGCGGGAAUCUGGAAAAGCCCAACGAGCUUCUCCAGAAAUGGGUAGAUCCAAAAAUGAAAACGGAGGUGAUAUACUCAACGUUUUGCUUUACAGAAGACAUGAUAAAAGACUUGAAACAACGAAGCGGGGCUUCCACCUCUUUUGUUGCAGUGGCCGCACAAUUUUAG